AUGUAUACAAAUGAUGAAUAUUGGAUGCGAACUUAUGAAGAUGCAUCGGUUCACCUUCGUCCAUCUCCUCCUCACUAUGAUCUUAAUAAUCUUUGGAUUAGUGAUUCAACUUUAAAACACUAUUCACCUACACCAUUUAAUAUUUCAUCGGCUUAUUCAUCUAGUUCAUCACCAGCAGCAGACCCUUCAUUUCUUACUGACAGUAUGACGACUACUCCGGCUAUUUUAGAUAAUCAAUAUAAUCCAUAUUUUAAUAAUACUGGAAAUUUACUUGUACCAUACAAGUAUACAUGGGAUGAUAAGGAAGAUGAUUAUCACAUGUAUACAUUGAAGUCGUGUUAUUGUGAAUCACAACAAAAUGAUCAACUUUCAAAUAAUGAAACCGAUUUUUCCAAUCAUUAUCAAACAAGAGAAGUUAAUGGACUUCAGUUUCAUAAAAUAUGUAGUUGUACAGCAAAUUAUCCGUCAAUUUGUGAAAUACAUUCUUUAGAUAUCAAUGGAGACAAAUCAAGAAAGAUUACAACAGAUUAUUCAAUUCAGUCAACAAAAAUUUGUGAUUAUCCAGAAUCUGUGGUAACGGAAAGAAGUUACCAAAACUCGAAUGGAUUAACUGAAGGUGCAACGAAUUCAAGUUGGUUUGAUUUACCUUCAUUUCUUUCAUUCAAUUCUAAAUCAAGUAACAUAUAUCAUGAAUCAUUUUCUAAAUGGUCAUCAGAUAAUUUCACAACAACAGACAGUGAAAUAUUUUCAAAAGCUUGUACAGAAAAUUAUACAACUGAUUCUGAAAUUCAAACAUUUUCAAAUUCAUUUGAACCAUUAUCAUCAGUAAAUGGUCAUAGUGAAGUUAAAAUCUAUGGGAAAAAGUUGUCGAAACCCUAUCCGACAGAUUUUUCUAAUGGUAACUUAGUAGAUAAAUCAUGGACUGAAAAGUCAUCAAUACCAUUCACGAAUAUUAAUAAUAAUGAAAAUAGCAGUAGUGGAGCAUUAAUGGCAGCUGCUUCAGCAGCUUUAGCUAAUCUUCAUCGACGAGGUUCUUUACAACUGUGGCAAUUUUUAAUUGCUUUGUUAGAUGAUAAAGACAGUCAACAUUUAAUAUGUUGGACAGGACGGACACUAGAAUUUAAACUGAAUGAUCCAGAAGAGAUAAAACUGAAAAAAAACAACAAAAUACACGAUUUUAAAUCAACUACAUUAAACACUGAUCUAAAGUCUUGUUAUUGUGAAGCACAACAAAAUGAACAACUUUCAAAUAAUGAAACCGAUUUUUCCAAUCAUUAUCAAACAAGAGAAGUUAAUGGACUUCAGUUUCAUAAAAUAUGUAGUUGUACAGCAAAUUAUCCGUCAAUUUGUGAAAUACAUUCUUUAGAUAUCAAUGGAGACAAAUCAAGAAAGAUUACCACAGAUUAUUCAAUUCAGUCAACAAAAAUUUGUGAUUAUCCAGAAGCUGUGGUAACGGAAAGAAGUUACCAAAACUCGAAUGCAUUAACUGAAGGUGCAACGAAUUCAAGUUGGUUUGAUUUACCUUCAUUUCUUUCAUUCAAUUCUAAAUCAAGUAACAUAUAUCAUGAAUCAUUUUCUAAAUGGUCAUCGGAUAAUUUCACAACAACAGACAAUGAAAUAUUUUCAAAAGCUUGUACAGAAAAUUAUACAACUGAUUCUGAAAUUCAAACAUUUUCAAAUUCAUUUGAACCAUUAUCAUCAGUAAAUGGUCAUAGUGAAGUUAAAAUCUAUGGGAAAAAGUUAUCGAAACCCUAUCCGACAAAUUUUUCUAAUGGUAACUUAGUAGAUAAAUCAUGGACUGAAAAGUCAUCAAUACCAUUCACGAAUAUUAAUAAUAAUGAAAAUAGCAGUAGUGGAGCAUUAAUGGCAGCUGCUUCAGCAGCUUUAGCUAAUCUUCAUCGACGAGGUUCUUUACAACUGUGGCAAUUUUUAAUUGCUUUGUUAGAUGAUAAAGACAGUCAACAUUUAAUAUGUUGGACAGGACGGACACUAGAAUUUAAACUGAAUGAUCCUGAAGAGGUUGCUCGUUUAUGGGGUAUCCAGAAAAAUCGUCCAGCUAUGAAUUAUGAUAAGCUGAGUAGAUCGUUAAGGUACUAUUAUGAGAAAGGUAUAAUGCAGAAAGUGUCUGGUGAAAGAUAUGUUUAUCGAUUUGUUUAUGAACCUGAACUGUUAUUUUCUCUAGCAUUUCCUGGUGAAGAACACUCAAAUCAACAACUCAUUAGCUCUAAAAUGACAGCUAAAACCAUUAAAGAGAAUAAGUUAUGUAAUUAUGUAAAACAACUCCCAGAUAGCUCGUUGAAUACGCCCGAUAAACUUAACAGACCUAACACUCACUAUUCUUUUGCAUCAAAUCAUUUUAAUCAUCAACCGACAGAUAAUAAAAUCGAUUGUAUGCCUACUGAUGAAGAGAGAUUUGGAGUUAAACGUAGAUACAAAGAUAUAUUGGAAGAGGAAAGAAUAACUGAAUAUGAUGAAAAGAUUCAUGAGAUUCAUAGUGUUGCAGUAGCUACCAACGACAGUGAUAAUCAUCAGUUUCAAUUACCUGAUAAGUAUGAAAAUAAUAGUAGUAUACUCGUGCAUGACAAAGAAAUGUAUUCUGAACAGAGCAUAAAUAAUAACAAUAUUAUAACAUCAAAUCAAUUCUACAAUGAUAGUAACAACAAUUUCUUAACAAUAAAUCCAAAUGACAGUCAAAAUAAUCUCACAGAUAAAUUAAAUGACAACAGUAACUGGCUUAGAACAGACGAUCCAUUGCAAAAAACUGAAUCAUCAACAUCUCAUAUUGACUGGUUCGAUAAUCUUACAAUCCAAAAAGAACAGCAACAACAACAACCCUUACCACAUUGUACAAUUUCUGAAAAUCAUCACCUAAUGAAUUAUUCAACAAGUUUUUCAAACUAUCAUCAAUAUGAUAAUGAACAUUCAUUAUUAUUAUCGCCUAAUAUAUACAAUAAAAUUGAUAUUUGGUCAGAUAGACAAGAUUAUUAUUUAUCAGAAAUGUCAAAUUUCUCAUAUGAUAAAGAACAAGAGAAAUUAUCAUCAUCGUCAUCACCAUCCUCAUCAUCAUCGUCAUCGUCACCAGCACUACCAUCACAACCGUCAUUACCUUCCUCUUCUUCUUCAUCAUCAACAUCAUCAACAUCGUUUAUUUUAUCGUUAAAUGAUCGUCAUAGUCUUUUGUCAACUCCACCACCGAUAACGGUUAAUUUACAAAAUAUUUAUGAAAUUAAUUAUGAAUUAUUAACAAGUAAAGAUCAAUUCACAUAUCAUCCAUUUUUUAAAAAUUGA